GGGGAGAGAGAGGGAGGAAGGCUGGCAUAGGCUAUUGUCGGCAAUCUCACGCAAGACUUUGCCUACAUUGAUCCUCCCACCAGUGACUGACGGCAUAUUUAUACCGUUAGGAACACAACCAACGCGGCCGUCAUUAAGAGGAGCGACCGGGACGACGGAUAAAGCAAACCGCGAAAAGAGCACACCAGUUUCCAAAGGAACACAUCCCACCAUCGGUUGCCCUACAGGUCGAUAGACUCUGGGAAACAGAGAGCAGUAGCGGCGCUGGCCCUGACUGCCGCCAUGCCUCUUUUGGAAGAAACGUCGGUGCCAAAGGGUCGACCCCCCACCCUCCCUGUAGUCGUCAUAGGCAAUGGGCCGUCAGGUAUCUGUCUAUCCUACCUGCUGAGUGGCUACAAACCCUACUUAGAGACCGGGGCAGUGCAUCCUAACCCCAUAUUGUACCAAAAGCUACAGCAGGCCAAGAACCUCCCCAUCACUGAACAGGAUCUUGAGUAUUUGAGUGAAGGCCUGGAGGGGAGGUCAGGGAACCCCGUGGCGGUGUUGUUUGACACCCUCAUGCACCCAAACGCAGACUUUGGCUAUGAACUCCCCCCAGUCGUUCAGUGGAAACGGGACAAGCAGCAGCAGAUCCCACACCUGGUUCUGGGCAGUGCAACACCUGGAGGGGCCUGGCAUGCGAUGGAAGGAUCCAUGUUGACUAUUAGUCUUGGCAUCUGGAUGGAGCUCCCUGGGGUGAACUAUAGAGACCUGACCAAUGGAAAACGCAGGGUUGUCACCAAUGACAGAGCCACCCCAGAGGAGAUCUCGUCCUACUACCGUAAUUAUGUGAAACUCAUGGGACUGCAGAAGAACUUCAUUGACAACACAUAUGUGACCUCUGUACAGAAACUCUGCCGGGGCCACAAGACGCAGGCUGUGGCAAAGGAGGGUUCGGAGCAAGAGAGUGGAGGGGUUGGUAACGGUGAGAAUGAAGCGUUUGAUGGAAAUGGAGUUGAGUGUGAAGAUAGUGGGGGAGGGGGCACGCUCUGGGAAGUGAGGGGGUACCAGAGGUUGCAGAAAGACAGCCAUGUCCCUUUCUGCUUGUUUGCAGAGAAUGUUGUUCUGGCCACCGGCGCAUCAGAUUUCCCUGCUCGACUUGUCGUAGAGGGGGAGGAACUUCCCUUUGUACUUCACAGCAUUUCUGACCUGGGGUUGGCUGUGAGCCAGGGAAAACUGGAUUCAACCUCUGAUCCAGUUUUGAUUGUAGGCGCUGGUCUUAGUGCUGCUGACGCAGUGCUAUGCGCUUGCAGUGCUAACAUUCCUGUCUUACACGUCUUUCGUAAAAACAUUGACAACCCUGACCUAAUCUUCAAACAGCUGCCAAAGACUUUGUACCCAGAAUAUCACAAGGUCUAUAACAUGAUGUGCUCCCGACUUCACACGACAAGCAUGGCUGCUCCCUCUGUCGCUAAUGGACCACAGGUAGCGAGUGUUGCCUCCUCAAUGUGUGCCAAAAUAUGCUCAAAGCCCCCACAGGCCGUUAACAUGUCUACCAACGGUGACAGCAAUCUCUCCCCUGACUACACUAGUUUCCCAGAGCACUGUGUGGUUUCCUUUCAGCCCGACAGGAAGUGUGUACUUCAGGGGAACAACUCCUUGAAAGCGUUCAAGAUCUCCAUGGCUCUGGUUCUGAUCGGGACAAACCCCAACCUGUGUUUCCUCAAGGGCCAGGGCCAGUACCUGGGUAUUGACCCCACAAAGCCCAUCUCUUGCAAGCAGAAUCCCAUUGACAUCAAUCCCUUCAACUUUGAAUGCACCAAGGAACCGGGGUUGUUUGCGAUGGGCCCCCUGGUAGGAGACAACUUUGUUCGUUUUUUAAAGGGUGGAGCUUUAGGCAUAGCCUCCUGUUUAAUGAAGCGACUAAAGAAGAAUGAAAAGCUUAUCGGCGACGGGGCGAAAACAUUCAUCUAGAAUGUUAUUGUUGGUAGUGGCUUGUUGGCUGAAGAGCACACCUGAUAAAAGCUGUUACUAAUAGAGAUAAAAAAA